GUAAUAGAGAAAAAAAAAACAAAUCUUCCUGAACAUACAGGAAUAGUACGGCAACCAUAAAAUCAACAUUUUACAGCUGAAGACACUGCCAUCCAUAUCACAGCACUGAAAAUAAUCCAUUUUAGAUAGCAUUUUUUUUAUGUAUCUAACGACCAAAUAUCCUUGUGCUGUAAUCUGAUUUAUAUUAAAGGGCAUAUCCUGCUGUGUCAACAUGUCCGGGUUGUUGCGCGUGCGAGACACGCAGUGUGCGUCAGCCAUUUCUGCAACGGUGCUGCUGGUGUUUGCGGCCUCUUCUGUCUCUUCUAUGGAAGUGCUUGUGGCACAUCAGCUUAAUGCACUGAAUGGCACCAUGAUAAAGAUCUCGUGCACGUUCACAUCCUGCUACAAACUGGAUAUUAGCAAAUUUGCUAUGAACUGGACCUACCAGGAGACUAAAAAUGAUACGGAGGAGAUGUUUAUGACCUUUAAGAACAGACUAACUCUUUUAAGGACGGACCGUUUUGGAGAAAGGGUAAAGUUUGCUGGAAACCUGGAUAAAAAUGACCUUUCCAUCACCAUCUCCGACGUGCAGCUGACAGAUGAGGGGAUCUAUAACUGUUAUGUACGCAAUCCUCCUGAUCGUGUCGAGGGCCGUGGUAGAAUCCAGCUGUUUGUAGUCACUGAAUUGCCCCCUCCUAGAGACUCGACCAUUGCAGUGGCAGUCGGAGCAUCUAUAGGAGGGAUGCUGGCUCUGGUCAUCCUCUCCAUGGUGAUCAUCAAGUGUGUACGCAGACAUAAGAAACAGGAGCUCAUCUCUGAUGAACAGAAAAUGGAGGAGGAGGGUAAAACAGAUGGAGAUGGAGGCAUAGAAGAAGGAACCAAACAAAUUUAACAUGGCUGUGACCUGAAAGGCCUAAACAAGUUCCAGACUUCACAUGCAGAAAUGAUGUUUGUUUGAGCCAUCAUGCUGUGGCUGCAAUGCUUUCCUUGGUAUGGAUCUUUCCUCAUUUGCCCACCCAAUAGAAAUAAACAAUUGGACUUUUGACAAACUCAACACUAUACCUGCCGUACAUUCCAAGUGAGCCAGUGUAACGCCUCCGAUCAGGUUUCUAUACUUCACUCUUCAAUUUAAGAUUGCUAAAAAUCUUAAUCCACAUAGUAUUUGUAGGAACCACAUCACUUUUAAAAUAUUGUUGUUUUGUUUUGUGUCUUCCAACCACUGCCAAUAUGUUCACAAUGUAACUAUUGUUAAAGGUAAAGCACACUGUUCCUACUAUUGCCUACUAAUUGGUAGUCAUUUGAUAACAGAUUUUUAUACAUGUCCUGCUGUCUUUAUUUUGUAUUUAUUGUCUAUUGCAAAAAAAGAAAAAGAAAAAGUCCUCUUUUUGAGAACCAGAUGUUCUCAAAGUAUAGCAACAUUCCAAAAAAGCCACUUUGCUUUGGUGGUCUAAAUGUACGCGGCUUGUCCUUUACUGAUCAAGGGUGUGUUUCCUGAAAAAAGAUGAGUUAUUUUUUUAGUUAAUACCGAAAAUCUCACCGAACAUCUCACCGGUAAGUCUGGUGAAAAGCAGUACAAGCUAAUAUCAAGGUAAAUCUUUAAGACUUAUCUGCAACUGAAACAAUGGCUUAAAAAUGUUAUGGUAAUAAUCAACAGACAUUUGUGAAAAUUACUUGUGAAUUUAUUUAAGACAUUUAAGAUGUAAAUAAAUAAGUAAUAUAAUUUGUAAAAAAAUUAAUUUUAGUAAGUAUUCGUGUGAUAUGGGAGCCAAUUUGCUAGCUAAUAAAUAAAUUCAUUUAACUCAGACAGAACUUACUUGUUUGUUGUAAAAUUAUAUUAAAAUGCUACAAUCUAAUCUGAUUUAAUGCAUGUUAGCACUCCAAAGUUUUAUGUCAACAUUCAUUAACUAAUCUGAUGCAAUUUACUUUUGCUUAAGCUUGCAUUUAUAAGCCAGGUAUUUUACAGUAUAUUGGUAUUUAUUAUAUGGUAUCAAGUCAUUUAAAUAAGUAUGAUGAACAAAUAAUUGCACAAAUAAUUUUACUACAAUAAUUACAAAAUAUCACUCUCCAAAAUAUACGUUUAUGGGUUCAAAGCUUAAACUCAACAAAUGAAAUUAUUAUUGAUUGUGAAACUAUUAAACGUGGCAAGAGAUUCGAGAACGAGAGCAGAUUCUCCAUUAGGAACUCUUAAGUACAAGAUGUUGAAUAGUAGAAAUGAGCCUCAUCACUCUUUACUUCUUUUUAAGGUUGUGGGACUUGGACUAAUGUUCUGGGCAGCUUCUUCUGUGUCUAAAAUUGGUAAAUUGAUGCAACUGUAUUAUAAGUCAUUUUCGCAGUGCUGUAUCUUGUUCAGGAUUUGCUGUAGAAAUCCAGAUCAAGUACUGAUCUCAACCUAUGUUCUGAAAGCCAUUGGAAGAGGUGUGAAGGAAUCCAAUUAAAGACCUUUUUGGGGUUAAGUGCAGCCAGAUGGACUAGUAGAGUGAAAAGAUGAAAGCCCACGUCUCAAAGUCCCCAAAGGGCAGCAUGGAAAAUGAAGGUGAUUUUGGCAAGCUGGAAAGAAAUGAUGUAACAGAGUUGAAGGAGAAAUAAAACCUAAAUUCUGCAAGAUUUUAAUAUGUUAGUUAGCAUAAGCUGGUACCCAAAUGACCAGGAAAGAACAGCCGGUAAAGAACAGGGUAAAUAUUCAUUUUCUUUUAUUAGACCAGCUAAACCAACACAGAUCAGCCAAGAUGACUAUUAUAAGCUGGAAGACCAUGGACCACCAACUGUAAGCUAAAGUUACCAUCAUAAGCUGGCAGAUUGCGGACCAAAAAAUACUAGCUAGUAUAAUCAUCAUAGAUAAGCAGAUAAAUCAUAAGACAAGCCACUGUAGCAUGAUCAUUAAAGACUAGUACUGUAGGCCAGCUGAAAUUGCAGUUUUUUUAAAUGCUCAUUAAUUUUUAAAAUGAUAAAAUGAUUAACAAGCUAUUGUAAUAAUGUCAAGUAUUGAAUUUUUUCAUGGAACACACCCUAGAAUGGUAUUUCAGCUGCAGCAGUAUUUUUAACAAGUAAUUCUUACCUAUUUUUUUCCUAUUUGGUCUUCACAUACUGACAUUAAAUUGUCAUUCAGGGAAAAUUACUAAUACAAAAAAAAAUGUUUUAAUGUAUUACGAUUAAAUUAUUCCUAUAUAUAUAGAUAUAGUAUGAUUGAAUGAAUAUGUGAAAGGUUUUGUUGAACAUUCCUUAAGUAUUUUUCUUUUGCAAAAGUAUGUAGCUAAAUUAUUGGAUUGUUUGUAAUUAUAUUAUAUAUUAUAUUAUACCAAAUACUGUUUUCAGAUCAUUCAGAUGAAACAAAUACAUUUAUGUGUUUAAAGUAAAACUAGUUUAGUUGUACGAAAAUAUGUAUUGUAUGCAGCAACAUUUCACUGUAAUUGAACCACACUAGACUUCACUUGGAAGUGCGCUGAGGUCGACAAUAGUUUCUAACUAGUUUCCAAAGUAUCAGCCUCACUAAUGUCUAAAAACAGCUGUAGCUAGUUCUUAUGCAAAUAACAAUGCAUUGCAAAAAUGCCACCUGAGCAAGUGAAAUAUGUUAAAUAUGCUCAAAUUUAUUUUCCUAUUAUAGAAUAACAAUAAACCAAAUGCAACAAUAUCAAACCUAUUUUUAUGCUUUCAAGCUUAACAUUUUCAUAAUCUAUUAGCAAAUUAUUUUCCUUCUUUUGGUGAUAAAUGCUAAAAAUUAACAAAAUUGUCUGUCAUUAUACCAGGAUUAUUCCGUGCUUGAAAAUUAUAAUUAUAGCUAAAAUUCUGAUUCAUAAUCCUUAUGUUUGUCUUAUUUUAAUCUGAUAAUAAGAAAUACUAGGGAAAUCUGUAUUCUAGGUAUUCCCACUAUACUUUUUUGUGCGCAAACAAUGUUUUUGGUUAUCUAUAUGAACAACUUAGGCUUUUAAGUAUGAUAAUCUAGUAUAUCACUCAGUAUAUUGCUCUACAUGCAGUUUCAUGUACACUCAUCGGUGCAUAGUAUCUCUUAUUUAGAUCAAGAAACAUUCCCUAACUUAAUACUGACUUUACUGCUGAACAGUGGUUACUGGCAUUUUUCGUAUCCAUUGCAUGUUGUAAAUAUAUCAUAACAAACUGUGCUGUGUUGAGAAUGAGGAAUGACAGUAGAACUUGUCUUGACAUGGAAAGUUUGAUUUAGUUCAUAACUGCUUAGCACCAGUUAAAUGAUUCAUUUAAAAAUGAAUUCGCCAGUCAUGUCGGGUUCGAAUCCCACUCAAUGCCCAAACCCCAGACAAUGGAUGCAGUACAGGUCCCAAGCCGGGAUAAAAUGGAAAUGUUUCAUUAGGAAGGGCAUCAGCCAAGUUGUUGUGUGGAUCGGGUGAUCCGUUGUGGCGACGCCUCCAUGAGGGAGCAGCCAAGAAGCCAACAACAUACAUUUUUAAAUGAUGUGAUACCUAGGGUUUAACUACUAGACGACUACCAGUUUUUCUAAAAAUUACAAGUACGGCCCUUCAAGUGUUCUUCUGUUUUGGGUAAUUAUAGUUGUAUUAGUAUGAACUGAGCAAGAAGUUUAAGGAUAUUGUGGAUUCCUCUCACAAUAUGUGUUGUGGGUUCUUACUUGUUGACUAUUCGAAGCAUCAGUUCCAUACAGCUAAAUAGGUCACUAGCUUUUUUUUUUUUAACCUCCCAUAACCACCAGGAAAAAAAGAAAAUUAACUAUAUAACUUAUACUAGCCAAAAUAUGAGGAACCUGGUGAACCUUUGGUCAAAAAUGGAAAUGUUACAAAUUACAAAAAUGGAAAGGUGACUGCUGUAACACUGGGUGCUAGUUUGACCUUGAAUACAGUAAUUAGAAAGAAUUUUAUGGCAAUGCCCAGGUUGCAGCAUCCUUAAGCAGGGGCCUCCAUACAGUAUGCUGCCUAUGAUGAGGACAAACGCUUUUAUAAUUUGACAGUUCACAGUUGGGGCCUGGGAGCCACCCUUUCUUUGGACUAUGGUGAUAUUCACCACCCAGUGGACAUCCAGUGUGCAACCCAUGUCAUUCAUGCUUGGCAAACAAACAGUUUCAUUUAAGUUGUCUGCAUUGAAAGAAGUGGCCAAAACCCUGGAUUAAACCCUCACUAGGGUUUAAUCAUACCGCAAUCCCACUGUGACACCCUCCACAUACACCCCUUCCAGAAAUAACUCAGAAGCUCAAAACCUCAUAAGAUCAUAAGUUCAAAACCUUGCAUUAAUGGUCAAAUGUCAACCAAGACCAGCCAUUGCUUCGGAAUGACUAAAGAGAAUCCGAGGGUCAGUUUGCUUACUCUUAGUUCUAGCUAGUUGAUGCCUCAUAUACAUUUGUGGCCCCAUACUGUACAUCUGCUCCCAAGUCUGCAAUGGAAGCAUCUGUGGUGAUUUUCUCUGAUGAGGCAUGAUGCUUUAGCAGGCCCAUUUUAAGUAUACUAGAGCCUGUGCCAUACUUGCAGAACCAAUAUGACAACCAUAUCAUACUAUAAACAAAGGAAUCAGUCUAGAACUAAAGCAGACAAAAGCAUA